CCGUCCUCCCUGCCGGCAGCGUGGGCUGUGGUGCUUGAGACCCCGGGAUGGCGGCGGUGACCACGGCGCGAGCCUGCGGGCUGCUGCGGCUCGGAGCUGCGGGAGCCGGGCGGCGGUGGUGCGGACUGCGCUGCGCUGGGCUGCUGCAAGGCUUCCUGCAACCCGGGGGCGAGGACGCGGCCCAGACGCGACGGGUGGCCCACUUCACUUUCCAGCCGGACCCAGAGUCCCUGCAGUAUGGGCAAACUCAGAAAAUGAAUCUCUUUCAGUCAGUUACAAGUGCCUUGGAUAACUCAUUGGCCAAAGACCCCACUGCAGUAAUAUUUGGUGAAGAUGUUGCCUUUGGUGGAGUCUUCCGAUGCACUGUUGGUUUACGUGACAAAUAUGGAAAAGAUAGAGUGUUUAACACCCCAUUGUGUGAACAAGGAAUUGUUGGAUUUGGGAUUGGAAUUGCGGUGACUGGUGCCACGGCCAUUGCGGAAAUCCAGUUUGCUGACUACAUUUUCCCUGCCUUUGACCAGAUUGUCAACGAAGCUGCCAAGUAUCGCUAUCGCUCUGGUGAUCUUUUCAACUGUGGGAGCCUCACCAUCCGGGCCCCAUGGGGCUGUGUGGGUCACGGGGCUCUCUACCAUUCCCAGAGUCCUGAAGCUUUUUUUGCCCAUUGCCCAGGAAUCAAGGUGGUUAUACCCAGAAGCCCUUUCCAGGCCAAGGGACUUCUGUUGUCAUGCAUAGAAGAUAAAAAUCCAUGUAUAUUCUUUGAACCUAAAAUACUUUACAGGGCAGCAGUGGAACAGGUCCCAGUAGAACCCUACAAGAUCCCCCUGUCUCAGGCUGAAGUCAUCCAGGAGGGCAGUGAUGUGACUCUGGUUGCCUGGGGCACUCAGGUCCAUGUCAUCCGGGAGGUGGCUUCUAUGGCACAAGAAAAGCUUGGAGUGUCUUGUGAAGUCAUCGAUCUGCGGACGAUUGUCCCUUGGGAUGUGGACACAGUUUGCAAGUCUGUGAUCAAAACUGGGAGACUGCUCAUCAGCCACGAGGCUCCCUUGACCGGCGGCUUUGCAUCCGAGAUCAGCUCCACGGUCCAGGAAGAAUGUUUCUUGAACCUAGAGGCUCCGAUAUCUAGAGUGUGUGGCUAUGACACCCCGUUUCCUCACAUCUUUGAGCCAUUUUAUAUCCCAGACAAGUGGAAGUGCUAUGAUGCCCUUCGCAAGAUGAUCAACUAUUGAUGGCAGAG